GCCGCGUGGUUAUGCGCUGGGGGCGAUGGUGCCGCCGGCCGGCGCUAGGCUCCUCCCGCGCCCGGGAAGCGGCCCCCUCCUCGGCCUGCUGCUGCUGCUGCUGCUGCUCUGCUCCGGCGGUGGGUGCGUGCCGCGCCGCCGGCCCGUGGGGCCGCCCGUGGUGCUGGUUCCAGGGGACUUAGGUAAUCAGUUGGAAGCAAAAUUAGAUAAGCCAUCAGUAGUGCACUAUCUCUGCUCUAAGAAGACUGACAGUUACUUUACACUGUGGCUGAACUUAGAAUUGCUCCUACCUGUCAUCAUUGACUGUUGGAUUGACAAUAUCAGGCUGGUAUAUAAUAGAACAAGCAAAGUAACAGAACCACCAGAUGGAGUGGAUAUCAGAGUUCCAGGUUUUGGGCAGACAUUUUCCUUGGAAUUCCUUGAUCCAAGUAAAAGGAGCGUUGGCAGUUACUUCUACAUGCUGGUGCAGAGUUUAGUAGACUGGGGCUACAAGCGUGAUGAAGAUGUAAGAGGAGCACCUUAUGACUGGAGAAAGGCACCAAAUGAGAAUGGAGAUUAUUUUGUGGCCCUUCGCAAGAUGAUAGAGUUGAUGUACGAGCAGUAUGGAAGUCCUGUUGUCUUAAUUGCCCACAGCAUGGGUAAUAUGUAUACCCUGUACUUCCUCAACCAUCAGACUCAGGAAUGGAAAGACAAAUACAUAAAAGACUACGUGUCAUUAGGUGCUCCAUGGGGAGGAGUGGCCAAAACUCUCCGUGUGCUGGCUUCAGGUGACAACAAUAGAAUACCAGUCAUCAGUUCACUCAAAAUUCGAGACCAGCAGAGAUCAGCUGUUUCCACAAAUUGGUUGCUCCCCUACAACUACACGUGGCCUCCAGAUAAGGUCUUUGUAAGCACACCUACAGCUAACUACACCCUACGAGACUACAGAAAAUUCUACAGGGACAUUGACUUUGAAGAUGGCUGGCUCAUGAGACAAGACACUGAACCCUUGGUCUACCAGAUGAUACCACCUGGCGUACGCAUACACUGUCUUUAUGGUACUGGUGUGGAAACACCUGAUUCCUUCCAUUACGAAAGCUUUCCUGACAAAGAGCCCAAGAUUAUUUACAGUGAUGGGGAUGGUACAGUGAACUUACAGAGUGCCUUGCAAUGUCAAAAAUGGGUGGACAUGCAGAAACAGGAAGUGGUGGUAUUUGAGCUUUCAGGAAACGAACACAUUCAAAUGCUAUCCAAUGAUACUACUAUUUCAUACGUGAAAAAGCUGCUUUUUAAUUUGUGAUGUUGUUGACAGUUGUUUUCCUCACCUGUGAUGCCUUCCCUUAAGUAUGGGAGAAUGCCUUUUGAUCUGUUGAUACUUAGAUAUUUGAAUUAUUUAUUUUGUUUUUUUAAACUAUGUUCAAGGAUUUGGUUGGUGUCCUAAACAGUUGUUUGUCCCUGAUUUGUGUUCAUGAAGUUUCAUAGUAUUUUCAUAUUCUGAAAACUUGGUCAAAUAUGCGUUUUGUUGCCUCCAGUGUUGUCCAGUAUUCAUACGAGCUUUCAUUUGGAGACUGCACAGCCCUGUGCACAUACUUUAUAAUUUUCUUUGUGAUCUUUGAAGGGUUUGGAGUGGGAGGGUGAAAGCAUUACAAUCUCACUCCCAUAAAACAAGGGAAGGAUAUUAACAAUUUGGGAAGUCCAUACAAAUUCUUCCCAAAGGGUCUUGUGUAUUCUGAUCCCACAGCCCAUUAACUUAGUUUGUAAAUGUUUGUAUCUACUAGGUAAAAUGGGUGUGAGGUCUGUCUGGUACUGUACUAUCUUUUUGUCAUAUCCACUCUUGCUUUUGUUAUGGUUUUUAGGGGGGGAACAAUGAUGUCUGAAUUAUUUUAAGCUUAUUUUAGGUACCUUAUAGCUUAAAAAAAGAAAAAAAGGCUUGUUUGUUGACCUUGAAAGCCUGAUGACUUAAAAUCUGUAGCCUAAGGGAUUUUCACAGUGUUUUAUUUUCCAUGAGGGAAAGAAGCUGAACUGUGGUUAAUGCUUUGCUGUGUGGAGUAGCACGUAAAUUAAAGCUAAUAGAAUUGAAUACUGGCAAACGAUGCAUACAGUGCAGGAUUGCAAUUCUGAGUGAAAAUGACCAUCAGUAGAAAUGGACGGUGAGUAUUCAUGAAAAAUGAAGUGACCUUCCUGAACUGGGGCAGGGAGUGGAAACCAGUGUAAUUCAGUAUGAAAUACAAACCUCAUUCUCAGUCAAAUAAUUAACCUCUAAUUCAAUUACUGGCCAAGUAGGGAUUGCAUUUUCAGGAAGUUGAGAUGUAUUGUUCCUUAAAUGUGUAGAUAAUCAAACACAUAACAUGUUACAUUCUUACAGUACUGUUUUCAAUGUUUAGAAAAACAUCUUUCAGCUUUGGACUCCACAGAAAUAAUAGCCUAAGGGCCAUGGCAUGUACAACUGUGGGAGAAAUGGCUUCACUGAAAGAUUCUCUUUUGUUGGUUCAAAACUAGUCACACAGUUAGAUUGCACUCUUUCAAAAGAGAAUUUCCAGUGCUUUCAAAAUGCUAGAUCCUCCAGGAAAAAUGGGUUAAUUUCAGAAACUCAUCAGAAAUACUGAGAAUUCAUUACUUAAGGAACUGAAGUUCUCUAAAAGGUAAAACUAUAACUAUUUUGGUAAAAUCCUUGCUGCCAUCACAUGUAAGAUGAAGGUACUUUUAAAUGACAGGUCUGAACUUCUCUUGUAAAAUGCAAAUACUUUGGCACAGGAGGUAGCCUUAAAGCUUUAAAUUGUAAUUCAGAAAUCAUUUGUAAAUCUAAAAAAAAAAAAUUUGAGCUGGAGUCCUAGAUAAGCGAAGUGUCUUCCUAGGUUUGUAAUUGCUUAUUUAGCUUUGCUUUCUCCCUGCGUCUUGUAAAUGAUGCUGCAUUUUCCUGAUGUUUAAAAAGGAAUUUUGUCAUGUCAUCACCUGCCCAGUUCAGCACCUAUAUUGUCUACACUUUCCUAGAGAAUAACUGUGCUGUCCCAAGUCACUUGUAACUGGUUACUGCUGAAAUGAAGAGGGUUGCAGGGAAAGCACACAAGUCUUUUAGUCAAGUGUUCUAUGAUGUGCAGGGCUGUUAGCUGUGUGUUCCAAGACUGCUCAAAGACAAAGCUCUUCCUGUGGUCUGACUCUAUUUUUUAAUAAAUUGCUACACUACUGGCUUGCAACAGAAAGAAAUUACUGACAACACCCUUUUAAUAAUCUUUCUUGCUGAAAGAGAAUGCCUGUCAAUAAGCACUCAAAUGAAUAGAGCUGAAAGCUUAAUUGGUGCCACCAACAUGGACAUAAAGGGCUGAAAGAUGAGAAGAGCAUAAGCGAACUGUUAUUAACCUGAUCUGGAGAAUGUAUCUAAGCUUCAUUUAGAGUCUUACCACUUCAGUCAGUCACAUUCUCAGUCUCAGACAAUGAGUUUAGUUUGAAGAUCCAAAACAGGUCAUUCCAAAAGAGUCUUUUUAAAACUUCAGUAUUUUUGGGGGGGCACAGAAAGAAACAUUCUUUUCUAAUUCUGGGAACCUCAUGCUGAGCAGAUAACUACAUCUUUUUACUUGAAAGCUUGUGAACAAUUAAUCUAUAUUUAUCCUUACCUGUCCAUGAGGAGAUAAGUCUGAUAGUCUGUUUACUUAAACCUGUCUGUUAUCCUGGUACAAAAAAAAAAGUUUUUUCAGGUCUUGGUUUUGUCUCUUAUUGUUUGUUACUAUAAAACUAUGUUGUCUGAGAAUGUGCAUGUGUUAGUGCAAACCAGUGCUUCUGGCGAGAGUCUGACCUGAUAAUUCCACAGACUACAGUUUUGUUUUACAUCCACAAUUUGAGAUUUUUUUUCUACUAGACCAUCUUCAGCCUCUUCAUUUUCAAUUUCUUGCAUAUUAGGAUGGAGCUCCCCUUGUAAAGGGAAUGCAGCAAGUAAGUUACAUUAUUCAGGUUGCUGAAACUGAACCACUUUACUCAGCCCCUUGAGAAGUGCUUACCAGGUAACUGAGGCAUUCCUCUAAAAGGCAAGAGUAUUUAGCAGGCCUUUACAGGCCUGCCAGAGCAGAGCCACGUGUGCUCAAGCAUUAAAGACUCUUGUGGGGAGUUAGUGUUCUGAUGUAUUAUAUCUUUAAGGAAAGAGGGACAUGCACCAGUUACUCACAAGGAGUAACUUGGCUGCUUUGCCAUGAUGCACAGUUGACAUCUUUGAAUUUACUGACAUGUUUUUGUACCUAACACAUGUGGACCUUCUCUUUCUUUCCAUAACGCUCACUUGGUUUUAUUCUUCUAGAAUGUUUUUAGAAACCAAAAUUAGUCUUGAGGACCAAACGUGUUUCACUUUGACUAAAUGUACAGAAAACGCUGAAGGGGCUUUUAUCCUAAUACUUCUGAGGAGGCUCAGAGUCACUAUGUGAUUCUGUUUAAAAACAAAAGGCUUCAAUAACUAGCAAUAAUUGCAAAGGACUAGCAGACCAAAGGAAGGAAUGUUUGGUAUUAAGGUAGUUCUUGGAACACAGUGUGUUCAAGGCCCUCUUAAAUUCAGGGAAUGUUUGGCAAGGACUUUGCUGCUCUACGUUUAACAGUAUUUUGUAUGAAACGUAUAUUCUGAGACCUAGCAUUUUCUAUGCCCUUUUUGUGUAUGGAUGCGGUCAAUAGAAUUUGAAUAUUUUACUGUCGUACUUUGAUAACAUAAUAAAGUUGAUCUAACAGAA